UGCGUACUGAGCGGUAGCUCCUCGCGGCGUUUAUAACGAAACGCGCGGCACUGCCUGGGACCAGAGCGGCAGUAGCAGCGGCAGUCGGGCACGGCCCAAACGGGGCAAAUACAGAGAGAGAGACACGGACAGAGGGGAGAUAGGUAGGCAAGCCCCGCCGAGCACAAGAGGCGUAGGGACCACACACCCGUUUAAAUAACGCGCAGGGAGGAGCAAUCUCGAGCCUCCGCGGAACAUCGCGCAUAGGAGGGCAGCAGCAGCAGCUGUGGACGACAUCACACGGACGCAGCAGCAGCAUCAUCGCUACGUUACACGCGCAAGGCACAGCAGGCUCGUGGAGACUACGCUCAACCGAGUGGCGAAAGAGCGCCUUCCCUGCCCAUCCCCGCUUGCCAUGGAGAUCAUCAGCAGCAGUGCCCUCCUGGUACAGGGCGCUCCUCUGGCGGAGCUGCAGCUGGAACGCAGCGGUAGUACUGUGACCGCAGGAGCAGCAGAAACUGAAGUGUGCAAAAGGGAUAAUGCUGUAGAUGAGGAGAGAAAAUUCUUGGACUUGGUCAGCAAUAAGAAUAUGAAGUUGGCUGAACGGGUCAUCAUUCCAGCAAAACAGCAUCCAAAGUUCAAUUUUGUGGGGAAGUUGCUGGGGCCACGAGGUAAUUCUCUCAAAAGAAUGCAGGAAGAAACCGGAACCAAAAUGUCAAUUUUGGGAAAAGGAUCAAUGAGGGACAAAGCUUUGGAGGAGGAAAUGAGAAAGAGUGGUGAAAACAAAUACGCACACCUGAGCGAGGAGCUGCACGUCUUGAUUGAGGUGUUUGCUCCACCGUCUGAGGCCUACAGUCGCAUGGGUCAUGCCCUGGAUGAAGUGAAAAAGUACCUCGUCCCAGACUAUAACGACGAGAUCCGUCAGGAGCAGCUGCGGGAACUCAGCUUCUUGAAGGGCGAGGAUGACGUGGAAGUGGGAGCCGACACCCUCAGCAGAGGGGGUCACAGUCGGGGCCCCCUGCCUUCCAUGCCCACGCAUGGCAGGGCCGUCUUGCGAGUGGCGGCCGCCCCGCGGGGCCUCCCCCUGGCCCGGGGGCUCCCGCCCCCCCUCUCUGUCGGCAGGGGAGCCCCGGCCCCUCCUCGAACUCGGCCGGCAGCCGCGUACCGAGCGGCGCCGCCACCCCCGCCGCCUCCUCCUCCCCCGCCACCUCCGUUGGCUCAGGAGGCCUACGAGGAAGACUACGAUUACGAAAAUGGAUAUAUCGCUGAGUACGAAGAUUCGUUUGACGGCACUUUCCCCUCGCAGACACAAAGUGCCAGUGAAUACUACGCAGGAUAUGGGCAAGAGGAGUACGGGUCUUACGGAGAAAAUGGUUGGGCAGGGUCCAAUGGCCAUCUGAAAGCCCUGCCAGCCAGAGCAGUGAAAGCUGCUUUCAGAGAGCAUCCGUAUGGUAGAUAAUGAUGCUCGUGUGCUCGCGAACAUUACCGCUGUUCCAACACUUACAUAGACACACACAAUGUCGAUCUUGUAUGCACUCUUGCGUGCACACACACACACGCACACAGGCCGAUACAGACAGUGGCAGAGGCGCACUAUUGUCGUAUUUUAUUCCCUUUCUACUUGGUUAUUGAUAUAUGUAUUUGUUUUUAGAGUUUUUUUUUUAUAAUUCUUCUUUUCCAUGCGAUGUCAAUGUGAACUCGAUUUGGUAAAAUUAGUCCAUUUCAUUACAGAGUGUUCCAUCACAUUCAAACAUAUAUUUUAAUAAAUAACUGUGUGCCCAAUGUUUUUGAUGAUUUUUCUCCGACUUGUGUUUUUCUAUAAGAACAAUCGGAAGCAUAAUGCAGUAUAAGCAGUUUCAAUGGUAAUAUGAAACGUGUUGAUUACAUAGUUGUUCGGUCUACUCCGGUUAAAGUACAGUGGUACUGCAAAGCUCUAAAUUGUACAUAAUCACUUUAAAUUCAGCUUAAAACAUGAACUUAUUGUUGUGGUAAAAUAUAAUUUUUACGGUUUAAACUAAAGCUAGAAUUUUUUUAUGCAAAAAUUCAAUGUCUGCGGUUUUAGAAGUAAUAUACCUGCCUAGCUGUUGUAAGUGUUGUAGCUGAUCAUUGACGCGGAAGAGAGCUGUAAACACAUAACAUGUAAAUAAAGCAGACGUUUAAAAGCUACAAACUAAAUGGAAUGGACUGUACUUUUACAAUGUAUUAUUGUGACUUCAAAAAGAUAAUGCUGUUAUAAAAAAUAUAACUCGGAAGGUUUUGUCACACUAUAAAGCUAAAACAUUUUAAGCUCAUCAUAAUUCUAAAUUUAUUCUAAAGCAUUCCUAAAUAAUAUUAUAAUUAAUUAUAAUUAAUAAAAUAAAAAGAUAAAUUGUUUUCAAACAUUCCAUUUGUUGGCCCUCUCUAAGAAAGUGAAUGUUAACACAUACAAGCAUGUGCUUAAAAUGUUAACUGUUCGAGUAAGAUAUGGAAUAUAACCUAUUGCUUUCUUGCUCUGUUUAAGCGAAACUGUUAAUAAGUAGCUUCUUACAAAGGGAAGUUAUACACAAGUGGUUGCAUGCCAUGCUUCAAACAAAUAACUUGUUAAGUUCUCUUUAAGUGAGCUGUUCAUAAGGAAUGAUUUGUAGCGCCCAUCUGAAGGAGUCAAAGGAUGGCCCCUAAAUGUUGAGCAGCCCAGCAUUAGCAAGGAAUCUGAUAUCUUGAGAUGACCUCAUACAGCAGGGAAUUUCCUCAUGCAACACAGAGACUGCACUACAAGACUAGAUGAUAAAUCCUACUGGGUUUGGACAAUGCACAUAUAGGAUUUCACUCGUCGUAUGCAAGGUUUUCAUGCAAGAUGAAGAAGAUGCCCUUUGGAAGCCUCACCAAUGCUGAAAUGAUGCCGGCGUUAUGCGUCGAAGCAGCCUUGCAAUAAGUUCAAUCAUUUGAGACCGGUUACUGAAAUGAAACUAUACAUACGGUGUGUUUCAGGAUGAACUACCACCAGUGUGUUUUUUUACGAAUAAAGAUGCAAAAUGUAACAGACUGUUAACACAACAUUGCACGUGUAAGCUAGCGGUACAGCAGUUAACGAUUAUAAUUUGUGAAUUUUUACUCUGUAGUUAAACAGUCGUAUGACAAUAUAGCACAAUUCGCAUGAAUACACCGGAAGCCUAUUGUGCUAUAUAUUUGACAGAUAUUUUUAAAGUGGUAACAUCUUUUUGAAAGUUUACAAAUGCACGAAGCAUCAUUAUCACGCUGUUCAUGAAUAAACAUUAACAAUUUGAAACUGACUAUGCAUACUUGGGGUUGACACGGAAGGGAGGGUUAUGGGAAUAUUGAAAUUAGGGAGAGAGAGAGUUGGGGAGACGUGUGUGCUGUGUUUUGUAGGCUCUGUAUUUGGCUGUGCGUCAAACACUUUAUAUAGUUGAGAGUGUAAUCAGAGGAGGGAUGCGCUGUGUUUUUCUUGUGGACAGAAUACUGUUAACCUGAUGCAUGAGUGUAUCUGAAAGUGCAGUAAUUGCACACCUUUGGAAGCUGCAUAUCAUGUACAUUGUAUAGUAUACAACAGUAUUUUUAUGACAAAAAAAGAAGGAAAAUACGAACUCCCAACACAGUCCUUGGAAUUUAUAUCGUUGAUCUCAAGUUUUAGUUUUUACAUCAUUCGAAUGCAGAAACUGUAUUAAACGUUGACGUGAAUGAUGUUAUGCAAUCCGCUAUGACCAUCUAUGCAGUCACUUGCACUCACUUUCGGCAGGUGUCAGAUUGCUUUUCCACUUUGAUGUGAUCACACGGGGAGGAGAAAAGUGAUGUUACAGGAUACCUAAUGCAAAUCUUUUGCGAGUUUUUAUUUAGCGAAUGCAUUAUACGGACGAAUAAAAAAAACAUGGAAAUAAUGAAA